UUGCUCCUUCCGCAGUUUCACUCAGUCAUGGUGAUGUUCCAAUUGAUUGAGCGUGCACGAUCUACAAUGUUCUCUUCCUCCUUCAAGCUACGGACACUGUUUAUCCAUCCCAACCACUGCAGCCAAACCCUGAUUAUAAAAUCUUUGAGUACCUCUGCGGUUCUAAACGAUUAUGGGAGAUUCCCUCCACAGCAACCACCCUCUGAUCACACACCCUUUCAGGGUCAAUGGCAACAACGUCAGGGCCAUUCUCCUCAACAUUUAAACCCACAUAUUCAAAACCAGAGUGGAAACCCUGCCCCUUCAAAUCAAUUUGCUUACCAAAACCAUGAACCCCACAAACACAAUAUUCCUAGUCGAUUUCCUGAGCAGGGGCGAAACCUUAAUCAUUGGAAUCCUCAACAUCAAGCACCACCCACUUCUCAAAAUCCCAACUUUCAGCCACCCACUAACCCUAAUCGAUGGAACAAUCAAAACCCCCAGUGGAACCCUAGGACUCACGGGUUCCCACAUGUCAACCAGUUUCAAAACCCUAACCAGUUGAACGGUCAAGGUUCUCCUCCUACAUCUCCGCCUUCAAUCAUUGAUUUGACACGUUUGUGCCAAGAGGGGAAGGUUAAAGAAGCGAUUGAAUUGAUGGACAAAGGGGACAAAGCUGAUGCCAGUUGCUUUGAUCUUCUUUUUGACUCGUGUGGCCAAUUGAAAUCCCUUGAGGUUGCCAAGAAGGCCCAUGAUUACUUUCUGCAGUCUACUUAUAGGAGUGAUCUCAAGUUAAACAACAAGGUGAUUGAGAUGUAUGGGAAUUGUAAAAGCAUGACUGAUGCACGCAGAGUGUUUGAUCAUAUGCCUAAUAGGAAUAUGGACUCUUGGCACUUGAUGCUUUGUGGCUACGCAAAUAAUACUAUGGGAGAUGAAGCCUUGCAACUGUUUGAGCAGAUGAAUGAGCUGGGUUUGGAAAUCACUUCAGAGACUUUGCUUGCUGUGUUAUCAGCUUGUGCCAGUGCAGAAGCUGUGGAAGACGCAUACUUACAUUUUGAGUCUAUGAAAAGUAAAUAUGGAAUUGAACCAGGGGUGGAGCACUAUAUGGGGCUUUUGGAUGUUCUUGGACAGUCUGGGUAUCUCAAGGAAGCUGAGGAGUUUAUUGAGAAGUUGCCAUUUGAGCCUACAGUGACUGUAUGGGAGACUCUGAAGAAUUAUGCUCGCACUCAUGGGGAUAUUGAUCUUGAAGACCAUGCUGAAGAGUUAAUGGUUAGUCUUGACCCAUCAAAAGUUGUUACCAAUAAGAUCCCUACGCCGCCUCCGAAGAAGUAUACUGCAAUUAGCAUGCUUGAUGGCAAGAACAGAAUUAUUGAAUAUAAGAAUCUUGCUCUUUACAAGGAUGAUGAAAAGUUAAAGGCUUUGAGUGCAAUGAAAGAUGCAGGAUAUGUACCUGAUACAAGAUAUGUUCUUCAUGACAUUGAUCAGGAAGCAAAGGAGCAAUCCUUGCUCUACCACAGUGAACGUCUAGCAAUUGCCUUUGGUCUUAUUAGUACUCCACCAAGAACACCUCUUCGAAUCAUCAAGAACCUUCGUGUCUGUGGUGACUGUCACAAUGCCAUCAAGAUCAUGUCCAGGAUUGUAGGUAGAAACUUAGUUGUCAGAGAUAACAAAAGGUUUCAUCAUUUCAAGGAUGGAGAAUGCUCUUGUGGGGAUUACUGGUGAAGGAAUCAUAACUUGACUACCUACUACAUUAGCAUGAAUAUAUCAUUUUCUACCUGGUGGCCCCUUAUUGUGUACUAGGAAAACAAAUAUGCGUGGAAGUUUCAAUAGUGCUAGGGAUAGGAGAUGAAUUAUGCAGUAUGCACUGAUUUAGAAUGUAUUUGCUUCUUGUUCAGAUAUUCACUUAAUCAUUGUCUCUCCACUUCUACUCAGUGCUAUACUGCUAUUACUUGAUCACGUUACUAUUUGCUCUUAUAUGGUUUUAUUUAUUUAUUUGGUUCCAGCAACUUAAAAUUCAGCUUUAUUAGCUGAUCCAUGCAAAUG